AUGCAGCUCACAGCGGAUACCGAGGUCGCCGGCGCCGGCACCACCGCAAUCAAAUCCGACUCCGACUACCUCACUCAGGACAAUCCCUCCUCCCAAGCACCUCUUGACGCUUCGAAUCUUCUCAUUACGCGUUGCAAAUCCCUCAAACCCCUCCCCAACGCCCUCGAAUCCCGCGACGCCCGAGGCCAACAUUUCACGGACCACAUGCUCCAAGUCGAAUGGACCCUUGCAUCAGGCUGGUCCACACCACGUAUAACACCCUACGGGAAUCUCUGUCUCGAUCCUGCGACGCAGGUAUUUCAUUAUGCUAUGGAGUGUUUUGAGGGGAUGAAGGCGUAUAAAAAUAAGGAGGGACGAGUGAGGAUGUUUCGGCCAGAGGUGAAUAUGGAGAGGAUGUGUGGGAGUGCGCAGAGGAUUUCGUUGCCGACUUUUGAGGUGAGGGAGAUGACGGAGCUUUUGGCGGAAUUCUUACGCGUGGAGGAGAGGUGGGUUCCCGAUGAGUUCGGACAGUCGCUCUACCUACGCCCGACACUCAUUUCGACGGACCCGAGUAUUGGCGUCGCACCGCCUCGGUCUGCGUUGUUCUAUAUUAUUGCUCGUUACGAACCAGUAUCGGUUUUCCCACCGCCUACGCCAUGGAAGCUCUUCGCUACGACAGAGUAUGUCCGUGCCUGGCCCGGCGGUUACGGCAGCGCGAAACUGGGCGCGAACUACGGGCCCAGCGUUAAAGCACAAGUCGCAGCAGCCAAGGAAGGAUACCAGCAGAACCUGUGGCUGUGGGGCGAGGAAGAUGAGAUCACCGAGGUUGGGACGAUGAAUUUCUUUGUGGUCUUGCAAGGUGCGGAGGGGAGGGAGUUGGUUACGCCGCCGUUGAGUGAUGCGAUCAUUGCAGGUGUGACGAGGCGUUCGGUGUUGGAGUUGGCGAGGCGGCAUCUUGAGGGGGUGAAGGUUAGUGAGCGGAAGUUGACGAUGAGUGAGUUUUGUGAGGCUGCUGCGAGUGGGGCGUUGUUGGAGUGUUUUGGUACGGGGACGCACUACUUUGUUACGCCUAUUGGGUCUGUACGGUAUGGCGAGCAGACGAUUACGGUGCCGGGAGAGGGAUUAGGAGAGAUUGGGAGUAUGUUGAGAGGAUAUUUGGCGGACAUUAUGUGGGGUGUUGUUGAUCAUGAGUGGAGCAUUGCUGUUUGA